ACUGCUUAAGUCCUUAACUCCUAAAGGCUUAUCAUAUAUUCAGGCCCAUGAGAAAGCCCAAAUCAUUGUAUUGCAGUGUUAGGCCCGGGCUUAAGCCCGAAGGCUACAUAGUCCUGCUCCCCCAUCCACCUUCGUCUUCGUCUUUGACAAAUCGCUGUCUCCUUUCAGCUGCUGAGGACAUCGACGCCGGCAAAAGAGCUUCAACUCACUGCGUAGGAAAAACACCAAAACCCAGGAAACUGUUUUGUCUCCUAUUAAAAGGAUACAAUGACAAAUGAGAAUACAAGCAGUGUUGAGAUAGAUUAUGAAUAUGAAGAUUAUAAUAGUUCAAAGCGCCCAAAAAUGACAUCCAAAGUAUGGGAAGAUAUGCAGCGAAUCCAAACAACUGAUGGAAGUAAAGCUCUGUGCAAGCAUUGUGGAAAGAUGUUGCAAGCUAAUUGUGGGACUUCUCAUUUGAAACGUCACUUAAUGAUAUGCCCGAAGCGUCCAAAAACUGCUGAUCAUACUGAAGAUUCAAUGCCUACAGUUUGUUUCAGAGGUAGUGGCAGUGCCAAAGAUUCUGGAUUAAACACACUGCUUAUGGUUCGUCCAUUAAAGGUUGAACCCGAAUCCCAAGUCACAAUUUAUUCACAGAAUCCAAAUAUUAGGGUACCAACUGCCAUUCCAUCUAUAGAAAACACCCCCAGUUCCAUACGAGAACUACAUGAGAAAAACAGUUCCAAUUUGUUGCUGCCUGGCAUUGAAUCCCCCCAGAAUGAAGAGGAACUUGUACUGAACGAUGUAGAAAUGAAAGCAUUUUAUGCUUCUCUUGAUGCUGAGACCUCAGUUACAUCACCUUCCCAAGAUAUCUCAGCCGUUACCGAAUCAUCGAACAGCACACCAUGUGAAGAGACCAAGAAUGCAUUGCAAACACUGCAAGACCUUCUCUCCAAAGACUUCUCUGCACUAGUGCAUCCUGGACAGUGUGGUACCUUCAAAUCUACUAUAGAUUACCUUUCCAAGUUGUCUUCUGACGAUGGAGUCUCAUCAGAAAUAAAGUUGUUGAUAUUAGAAGUUUCAAGAGAAUUCACCAGGUGGAGUUGUGACUACAAUGAUGCUAGUAGGAAAAUAGAGUCUGCCAGUGCCAACAUCUUGAAAGCAGAUAAACUAGAAGAGAGUCUUGAAGUGAACAAGAAUCAGUUCAAGGAAGUCUUGUCGUUGGAAAAUGAGUUAAGCAACCAGAUCGCGAGCUUGGAGCAGAAGAAGAAAGAGCUAGAAGAGCAAAUAAGUGCCAUUAAGGCUAACUUAUCUGUUUUUCAAUCAGCAAAGAACACAGCUAUUAAGAGGAAAAGGGAAGUCUUUGAAGAAGCAAAGACACUCAAAGCACAAAGAGAUGAGUUGAGGGACCAAGUGCCUCACUUGAGAGAUGAGUGUGAAGAGGCCAAGAAAAUACAAGCAAAUUUAAGAGCUGAAUGGACAAAGCUUGGAGAAAAAUUUAGCAAAGGCUUAACUGGGGUAAAUUGUGAGGACUCGGAUGGUAUGGCUAUUCAGAUAUGUCAACCAGAAAAUCAAAUUUAAAAAUCUGAUUUUGAUUUUAUUUCAUAUAGAUAGCUUCCUUCAUACCAACUCAAUGAUGACCUAUAAAUUGCUCUGAUACUUGUUAGAACUCCAGGAGGAGAAAGCUAGUGACUUUAAUUUCAUGAGGAUAAUGGUUAUGAUCGUUCAAUGUUUAGUUGUUUACACUGUCAAAUUAUGAUUGAUAACGGGUGUGAGCCA